AUGUUUGGCCCAUUCCGAAUCACAAACCCGCUGUCCGGCGGUCUCCUGUGGAAGAUCCCCUGGCGGCUGUCCAAGUUCCAGAAGAGGCGGCACCGGGAGCGCCUCAGGGCCGUCGACGGCGUCGUUGCGACCAUUGACGCCGCCCUCGCCAAGCAGGGACAGGUGCUGCCGGCCGUGGAGCGGUGGAAGGCCGAGAUGCCCACCGAGGCCGAGAUGCUGCCCAAGGACAAGUACACCCUGUUUGACCGCAAGGCUAAGCGCUAUCGAAAGGGCAUCCACAAGCUUCCCAAGUGGACGAGAGUUUCGCAAAGAGUCAACCCCCCUGGUUUCUAA